GUAACAGCAACUAACGUUACAGCACAGGUGUCUGUGUGUGUGUAGAUACAUAAUGUUCUGCAGCUCGUAGAAGCUCAGGUAUUCAGCUUGGCCGUUUGGCGAGCAACACGUGGUCACAGAGAACGUCCAAGUUGGCCAGAGCUGAUGUCACCUGGCAUCAGCCUUGAUAAGAGCCCAGGAACGAGCUGACCUCCCGUUAUUUCAACUCUCCACAUCUCUGAGCGAGGCUUCAUGGAUCAAAACUGGUCAAGAGGAAUUGUAGACACGGACGGAUCCUGCGAGAAGGGACGGAAGAAAGGGUCCGGCCCGGUAGAGGUGCAGAUGUGCCAGUCCAUCCUGCCUUGCCAUGCAAACCACCAGGGAGAACUGGGUGCGGGACAGCUGCUGAAGUGGAUGGACACUAUCGCCUGUCUGGCAGCUGAAAGACAUGCAGGAAUGGCGUGUGUAACGGCUUCCAUGGAUGAUAUCCAGUUUGAAGAGACCGUAAGGGUUGGGCAGGUUAUCAAUAUCAAAGCCAGAGUAAACAGGGCUUUCAACACAAGUAUGGAGGUAGGCAUCUAUGUAACUGUACAGGAGGUGCUCACCGGGGUCACCAAGAGGGUUUGUGUGGCCUUCUCCACGUUUGUUGCCAAACCAACAGGAACACACAAGGUGUCUCUGAAACCCUUAGACAUUCAGGGCUCUGUUGAGGAAAUGCUGGAAUAUUCACUAGCUUCAGAGAGACGACGACUCCGUCUCUACAAUGAAGAGGCCUUCAAGAACCUCAUGAAGGACUAUUACAACCUUCAAGAUAGGGGACUGUGUAGCAGGAAGCCCAUCACGCCUGUGGUGUCCACUGAGCUCAUGCGGGUCGAGAGCAUCGAGCUGGUGCUGCCACCACAUGCCAAUCACCAUGGAAACACAUUUGGAGGACAGAUCAUGGCCUGGAUGGAGAACGUAGCUACAGUAGCAGCCAGUCGUUUGUGUGGCUACUAUCCUUCUCUCGGAGCUGUGGACAUGUUUCGUUUCCGAGGUCCGUCCAGUGUCGGUGACAGACUGGUGUUCAAAGCGAUGGUCAAUAAUGCCUUUCAGACCAGUGUGGAGGUGGGUGUUCGGGUGGAGGCGUAUAACUGUGAGGAGUGGAAUGAGGGAACACCAAGACACAUCAAUAGUGCCUCCAUGAUUUAUUACAUCCCAGGACGUGAUGGUGAGAAACAGAGGUUUCCUGACGUCACCUACACAACUCUUGAUGGAGAAAGACGAUUUAUUGGUGCUAUUGUCAGGAAGAGAAUUCGCAUGGCCAGAAAACACAUUUUGUACUCAAAAGACGAGGGACCAAUUUCUGUGCCUUGGGACAGAAGUAAUCAGGUGUAUUUGGGAUAUAACAACGUGGCGGCUCUCACAGUCUUAGCUGGAAAGCGAGGCUGGGAGGCCAGUAACAUCAACGAUAAGUUAGGAGUCUAUGUGCAUGAGGAGGCAGAUAUGCUGUGCUUAAAAGUUGAAAUGAAGGUCAAAACGACGGCUUUUCAUGCUUUCUUGCUGCUCACUGACCUGCAGUUACGGCCACAGUGGGACAAAAACUAUUUGAGCUGUGAAGAGGUUGAGAAAGCAGAUGAAGAGGAAACUAUUUAUCACAUUAAAUGCACCACAGUCAACGGAAGCAAAAGUCGGGACUUUGUGGUUUUGUUGUCUAAAAGGCAACCCUGCAAAGAUGGAGACCCGUAUGUCGUAGCGCUCCGGUCAGUCACCGUGGCAACAGUUCCACCGGAUGAGAACUGUAUUCGGAGCGAAGUUAAAUGUGCAGGAUUCCUCGUUCAUGAAAUAGGCUAUUCAACAUGCAAGGUGUCGUACUACAACCAGGUGACUUCUGGAGUUCUGCCCUAUGUGGAGGGAAACUUAGCUGGCUGGUCCAAAUCUAUGGAGGAGACGGCGAUGUCCUGUGUGGCAUUUCUGGAGCAGGAUUUGCUGAUCACACAGUUCUGAUGCACACACGUUUCGCAAUUCUACAACAGUUACUUAAAGGGGUCAUCGGAUGCUAAAUUCACUUUUUCAUGUUGUUUGAACAUUAAUGUGUGUUGGCAGUGUAUGUACAAAUCUACCCUAUAAUGAUAAAAAUCCAUGCAGUGGUUUUUAAUUAAUCUGUAAAAAUAAUAUCCCCUUGUUCAAAUCAAGCCAUUCUCAGAUGCCUGUCAUUGUGCCGUCACACCGACAGAGGCCGCGCCCACAACAGUUGAUUGACAUGAGCUCUUACCUCAGACCAGCUGUUACAGUCCAGUAACUUUCCAUGUUUUGAAGCCAGAGCAGGGACGUAAGUUAGACAAGAAUAUCUCUGAUUGAGGUGUUGUGUUGCUGGAUGUAAUAAUGAACAUAGUGGUCGUCAUUUACUCCCGACAUCUGAGCCGCUGAACAUGCAGUAGAUUAUGUUUGUUUGUGAAGGGAAUGCGCCUCCUGAUCUACAUAUAUCCAUCUAUGUUCGCGCGAAUCAUUCAUGAUCCAGCUUCACUUACAGCAGAAGUGAGUAUAAGUGUUUUUUUAUGAAUCUUUGCGAUCGCCUUUCCUUACAACGUGGUAGUUAGGAAGUUUAGCGGCUAAACGCAGCUAAAUGCGGCUAAUGUUAACAAGACUGUCUUCCCACAGAGAGAAGAGAGGGGCGGGGCAAGCAGAGCUCAUUUGCAUUAAAAGGAACAACCCCUUAGAAUGAGAUGAUUUUUGCAGAGCUGAUUUUGGCAAGGAAAAAAGGGUGUUGUUUUACAAAACUAUUGAGAAUUUUUCAUCAAAGUAUAUUAGAGACUUUUCAUUAAGACCCUAAAGAAUCAUAUCAACUUGUGGAAAAUGGGCAUCCGAUGACCCCUUUAAAAAAAAAAAAAAAAAAAAAAAAAUAUAUAUAUAUAUAUAUAUAUAUAUAUAUAUAAAAUCAAUUAUAGCAUUGCAUGUAUUUUUAAAGACCCAUUUACACCAAGAAUGAUAACUAUAAAGCCAACUAAAAUGAUAUCUAUAUUAGAUAUUAAGAAUUAUAGUUGUAGUGUGGAUUUCGCUAUUCUCAUAGAAUUUUACAGUAUAUAUUUUGUAGUGUCUAUGGUGUCGACAGGUUUGAAGGCUGCUAAAAAAACCCAUUAAUAUCUAUGGAACAAUAUGCAUCAUAUGACUAAACGUGCGUUAUCAUUUUCACAGUCCACACUCUUAAAAGUUUCUUUAUAAAGCUCACUGGAAACAAUGCUGCCUCAAUGAAUGUAGACACGACCUGCAGUUAUUUCAACAAGAACUGAGGUCACGAUAACAUUUGUGACAAUUAAAAAAUAAUGAAUAUUGUCAAUUACAGCAUUGCAAGUAGAUCUUAACCUUAUGUGUCUAAGUUUUGCAUUUACAGUAAGCUUAGAACAGAAGACAAAAGUCAAAGAUUUAUGUGUAAACAAUUAAAUUAUUAAAGAAUACAGUCGUCAGAUUGUUGUAGAUAUGUAGCUAUUUUGACGAAAGUGACAUGCAGUUGUAUUUCGAUGUCAAAUUAAAAUGAAUUACCAUUGUAUUAUCAAGGGUUCAAAAGAAAGAGAGUGCUAAAACCCAAAUUCAGUUUGAGAAACCUGUAGUAGUAAUUAUUUACAUUUUAUCAGUCGGGACGGAUUUUGCGGUUAUUUGUUUAUAUACGUCAUUCGUCUGUGCGUGUCACGUCAUGUCCAUACAUAAAGAAAAGUAGCUCGACUUAAGAUGAAAGUUACAACGAACGAGAAAAACUCACUAGGAACUGCUCAAAACAGCAAUAGCAAAACAUAUACUGUAUAUAUUUAUUUGCCCUUCUACUCUGAUAAGACAUCGCAUUUAUAACCCUGUUAAAACCGCAGUUACCCACGUCGACUAGCAGCGGGAAAAUACAAAAUAAUGUUCUAGUGCAAAAUGCUUGCAGAUUUAAUUUUAACCGCUAGAGGGCCAAAAGUUAUGCCAAACACACUUAACACUCUUCUAUAGAGUAUAUUUGUACAAAGGUAUCUUGUAAA